AUGGAGAAGUACAACCAGCUGGUGAAUGAGAUCACCAACUUCCGCCAGCUUGAAGGAGAAUCGCUGUGUACAACCUGGAAUAGAUUCCAAGAACUUAUCCGAAAGUGUCCGCACUAUGAGGGAGAUGAUGACAGAAAGGUGGCGAUCUUCUUUAAUGGCAUAUCUCCUGAAACAAGGUUGGUUAUUAAUAGUGCAGCUGGAGGUUCUAUUCGACAGAGUACAUCUGAACAAGCUAUUGAUCUGAUAAAGAAACUGGCAAGGAAUGAGAAUGAGAGCACUAGAGCCAAUACCAAAAACAUCAAUGCUUUGAUGGAGGAGACUAGAGCCAAUACCAAAAACACAAAUGCUUCUAUUCGAAACUUGGAGAAUCAAAUUGGCCAACUGGCUAAGCAAUUUGCAGAAAGAGCUCCAGGUACCUUCCCUAGCAAUACAGUUACCAACCCCAAGGAAGAUUGUAUGGCUGUCACAACUAGGAGUGGUAAGGUGGUAGCAGCUUCAGAAAAGCCAAGCACAAAUGUAGAAGCUGAUGAGAAGCUUAAGGAGGUCAAGGAGACAGAAAAAGAAGUGAUCAUCCCUGAUAAUGUUGAGAAAACGUUUCAGAAAGGUGAGGAAGAAGAGCCACCUAUUAUUGCUGAAAGGAAGAAAUUCGAGUUGAAUCCGGAAUAUGUGAGAGCCAUGGCACCUUAUCCAGAACGAUUCAAGAAGGAUGCCCAAAAGCAGCAAUAUGCGAGAUUUCUUGAUAUCUUCAAGAAGUUGCAUGAAUGCCAGACAGUCACACUCACUGAGGAGUGCAGUGCCAUCAUACAAAAAAAGUUUCCACCCAAACUCAAUGAUCCAGGCAGUUUCAAUAUUCGCAUUGCUAUUGGUAAUACUGAAGUUGGCAGGGCAUUGUGUGAUCUUGGGGCAAGCAUUAACUUGAUGCCAUUAUCUGUUUGCAAAUCUCUGGGAAUUACUGAAUUAAAACCCACUAUGGUUUCGCUUCAACUCGCUGAUAGAUCUUUGAGGAGACCGAGUGGAAUUAUUGAAGAUGUUCUUGUUAAAGUGGACAA